UAAUUGGUCGGUUGCGGUGUGCGAGCGCUGCGCGAGCCCGCGUCCUGCCGUUAUAACCGGAGCGGCGCGCGCGGACCUGCAGCGCGUUCGGUUUCUCUCACCGACUCUGUAAUUAACCGUCACGAGACUCCGCGUGUUUAUAAUCCGGCGCUCGCGAGCCCGUCACGAGACUCCGGCAGGGUUUAUUAUUGAUUGAUUGAUUUAUUUAUUGAUUUAUUUCUCUCUCCCGGUGUCACCGCCGCGGAUUUACCGACUGAAGGGGAAAAAGAACAAGAAAAAAAGAAAAGCCGAGUUUAGUUAUUUAUUUAUUUAUUUCUGUUGAAGCGGAGACUAGUCCGGUUCCGUGUCCGGCUGGAUCCGGUUCUGUACCUGAGGGAAGAUGUCCGGUGAGGCGGUUCUGGUCCCGGAUGACCGAGCCUUCAGCAACUUCAAACACGAGUGUGUGUCGGAUGAAGGCUGGAGUCUGACCUACAGCAAGUCCGGGAUCUCGGUUCUGAUCCAAAUCCUGGGGGAGAAAGAGGAGGAGAAGUCUCUACACAAGAUCAAGUGUCGGAUGGUGUGUAAGGACAUUUCUGCAGAAACCAUGUACGACGUGCUUCAUGACAUCGAUUAUCGGCGGAAAUGGGACUCGAACGUGAUCGAGACCUUCGACAUCGGCAAGCUGACGGUGAACGCAGACGUGGGCUAUUAUUCCUGGAAGUGUCCUAAACCUCUGAAGAAUCGGGAUGUGAUCACUCUGCGCUCCUGGCUACCGAUGGGAAAGGAUUACAUCAUCAUGAACUACUCGGUCAAACACCCGAAAUACCCCCCAAAGAAGGACAUGGUGCGGGCCGUCUCCAUCCAGACAGGUUACCUUAUCCAGAGCAACGGGCCUUCAAGCUGUACCUUAACUUACCUGGCACAGGUCGACCCUAAAGGUUCUCUCCCUAAGUGGGUGGUGAAUAAGUCUUCCCAACUUCUGGCUCCUAAGACGAUGAAGCGUAUCGCGCGGGCGUGUGUGAAGUACGGCGAGUGGAAGCAGAAACACAGUCCAGGCUUUAAGCCGUGGCUUUACCCGGAGCAGAGCAGUCUGAGCAGCAUGGCUCUCUCUGAGCUCACGGUGCAGCACGCAGACUCGCUCGAGAACAUCGACGAGAGCUCACUGAGUGAGGGCAAGGACGAGCGCGCGGAACACAGUGACGAUGACUGAGACACACACACACACACACACACACACACACACACACACACAUACCCUCAAGGACACUGAACAUGACACAUGUAGAGUACACUAAGGGACCAAACUGGGGUCAGUGUAUAGAUUAUAUAUAUAUAUAUAUAUUAUAAAUGUAGAGUAUGGAGGGGACCAUCAGAACACACACACACACACACACACACACACACGCAGAGCUUCUUUUCUGUUUCGGUGCCACUAAAGUGACAAUAAAUAAAAUGGAUUUCUGUCCAGGAGU